CCAAUUCAAAGUAGAAAACCCACUCCGCUCAAAAAGUCCAAAGUGCUCUUCAAAUAUUCUUUAAAAACCGUUGUCAGACAUUUCUGUGGUAAUGGAAGGGUGUUUUGGAAAUUUUAGCUAAGUAUAUUGAGUAGACUCAGUACGCUAUAGCUUCCGGACCUCAAAGCCCAAAACCCAAAAAAAAAAAAAAAAAAAAAAAAAAAAAAAAAAAAGAAGGUUUUGGCUUUUGGGUGAUGAAGAAGAAGCUGUUGCUUUUCUCAGCAGUGGCCAAAACCUCAUAAACCCUUUUUCUUUCUCUCUCUCUCUCUCUUUCUAUCUCUUGCCUGAGUUUCUCCGAGUUGAAAAAUGGCGACUGAGUUCCCUGACGAUUUCAAGUGUCCGAUUUCGUUGGAGAUAAUGUCCGACCCGGUUAUAUUAUCUUCGGGUCACACAUUUGACCGGGUCUCAAUACAACGGUGGCUGGACGCCGGCCACCGUACCUGCCCAAUUACCAAACUACCCCUGCCUGACCAUCCGUCGCUCAUCCCCAACCACGCCCUCAGGAGCUUGAUUUCCAAUUACGCCCUUGUCUCCCCGCCGAAAUUACAGCAGCAACCCGAACCCCAAGCCCUAAUCUCCACCCUUACUUCUCCGUCUUCCUCGCUUGACUCCAAGCUUAACUCGCUCGACCAACUCACCCGGCUUUCCAAGCGCGACUCUGCUUUCCGUUCGAAGUUGACCGAGUCGGGUGCUGUGUCCGCCGUGCUCAAGUGUAUUGGGUCGGAUGAUCCGGGUCUGCAAGAGAAGGCGCUGUCUCUGCUGCUGAACCUGAGCUUGGACGAUGAUAACAAAGUGGGCUUGGUGGCCGAAGGCGCAAUUGGUCGAAUCAUUGGGGCUUUGCAAGGUGGGUCGUCGAAUUGUCGAGCUCUUGCGGCUACCAUGUUGACGAGCUUGGCAGUUGUAGAAGUGAACAAGGCGACGAUUGGGGCAUACCCAUAUGCAAUUCGGACUCUGGUUUCGCUUCUCAGUGACGGGAAAGGCCGAGAGAAGAAGGAAGCAGCCACGGCGCUUUACGCAAUCUGUUCGUUCCCUGAUAACCGGAGGCGAGCCGUGCAAUGCGGGGCGGUGCCAAUUCUGAUGAGAAUUGCCGACUCGGGGCUUGAAAGGGCUGUCGAAGUGCUGGGUCUUCUGGCCAAGUGCAAAGAAGGCAGAGAAGAAAUGGAGAGGUUUGAGGGGUGUGUAAGGAUUUUGGUGAGAAUUUUGAAAAACGGUAGCUCUCGGGGGAUUCAGUAUGCGUUGCUAACGUUGAACUCGCUUUGUUGUUUUAGUGAAGAAAUGUGUGGUGAAGCGAGGAAAGAAGGGAUUUUGGAGAUUUGUAUGGGAUUGUUGGAUGAUGAUUAUGAAAAGAUUUGGAGAAAUGCUAGUAAUUUGAUCCAAGUUCUUAGUGGAAACCACUCGUCGCGGUGAAAUUCAAAUUUGUAUAAUGGAAGGAAGAUUUUGUGGGAGGCUGAAAAUGCAGAAACGUCGAUUUUGCAGAUUACUGUUGUCCUCGGCGGAGGUGAGUAUUUUUUUUUUUUUUCCCCUCUCUUUUCUUUUUAAUUUAUUUCUUGUACGUUGUUGGGAUAGUUCUUGUACAAAAAAAAAAAAAAAAAAAAAGAAAAAAGAAAAAGAUUAGAUUUUGAUUGGGAUAUGGUUCUUUGUAUCUUGUAAAUUCUGAAUAAAGAAACAAAGGGGUAGCUUUCUUUCUCGUUAGCUGUUUUGCUGUGAACGUUUCAGAAAAUGUUAUCUAAAUUGUAAUUUGUCCUCGGCUUAUAGAAUGUUCUUGGUUCCCAA